AAACAUGUAAAUAUUAAUCCUAAAUAUCUAUCCGUUUCCACUUCUUCUCCUUCUAUCUGUAUAAAUCCUUUUGUGACUAGGCAACCUCAUGAACGAAAGAUGACGCACAUAGCUUGUGCGGCUGCCGAGGGCAGUCAUCAUUUCGUCUAGAUAGAGUUCACAUCACCGCUCCGUGUAAGACACACAACCAGUAAAAAGACAAGUUAAGCAAGGACUUUAACUCCAAACCUGCUAAACUUAUAUUGGUGGCAGCGGUUACAAAGCGAUUACAAAGCGAUUACUAAGCGAUUACAAAGGAUUUAUCAUCAAAUAAUACUGGCCUACACAAAGUGCCUCAAAAUACGUGGUGACUCCAUACCAGUGAACCAGUGUGAACUCCAGCACAAUCGCAAAAUCCGGCACACCCUCUCUACAAUUACGGGAUUACUACACUCCCUAUGAGACGACUACAAGCCCCAUCGCUCGUACUUGCACCUACAAAAGAGGUCAUCACCUACGUUGUAUCACCAAACCAACAAUCUUUGCCACCACUCAGCAAACGUCCGUGACCAGUCUACCCAAAAAUCCCACCUCAAUUAACGGGAUUAACCCCUGCCGCGCUCCCCCAACCCUGUAUCUUCACAGUCACAAGAGGAGGAAGAGGAAGCCAUAUUAGUAGUGAAGAGGUAGUAGCCGCGGCCAGGCAGCUCAAUUCAACGCGUCAGCGGUCAGCGUCAGCGUGCCGUCAAUCACGGCAUCGGCAACACCCACCCCCGGCUAGUGGAACACGCCGCACAAUUUUGGUUUGUCACCUGAACUAUCACUCAAGUAAGACGAAACGUUGUUCCAUAAUUUAGUACAUGUACUGUCGAAACCCCCCACUUCAAAUAACAUUCUCACCCUCGUCUCCCAUUCUCCACUAAUUUCCCCAAAUAUAAUCGCCAUUUCAUUUGUUCUUAAUCCCUUACACGGAUUACAUUUAAAUUCCUAUCCCUACUCUCUUGUAAUCCAUACCGUUCGCCUUCAGCGCUCCUCCCCUCCCCGUUCACCAGCCCUACCCCUCUUUCGCCGGCGGCAGCCACGCCUUGCUGAUCCCAGUGAUAUGUGUCGCCAUCUGCACAUCUGCUGAUCCCAGUCAUUUAUGCCCUUGUACCGACCCACUCUUUCCUCCAGCGACCUCACGACUGCUUCACACCCAAGGUAUCUUACCAUUUCCUUACGGAUUACCUACGAAUCUUCCUAUAAUCUUCCCUUUAAUCUUACUUAAAAUUUCCCUUCCUAUAAUUUUCCUUAUAUACGUCCUAAUAUCUCCCGUACAUUACAGCUUGUGCCGGUGAGCAGAGAGAAUUGCGAUGCUACUCCCUUGCCUAUGUGUCUUGGGAGGUGUUCUCCUGGUCCUCCCCACAAAUGCCACGAAGCAGCCCUCCUAUGAACAACACCUCCGUGUGGGGGCAAUCGUGGAGCCAGACGGCCCCGUGAUGGUGGUGGAGGACGUGGUCGAUGUCCGCAUUACCCUAUGCGAUUUUCGUGAGCUGGAGCGACUCCAUAUACCCCAGUUCCGGCGCCAGAUCCAGCAAGCGGAAGCGGUUCUCCAGCAGACCUCGGACACAGUUCAUAAACUAAACCAUCCACUCACGCUGACAUAUUUCUCUACUCUCAUGCUAUCUUUCCUAAAUAUCCAACAAUCCUUUGAUAGUCUGCUAGAAUGGACCCCUUUUUCAACUUACCUUAAACACCAGUAGCCCACUCCAGUUCCAAGCUUGGUAUCAUCGACAUUGGUGGGAGAUUGUUAAAAGGCCUCAUUGGUACAGCUACGGAAGCCGAUGUUGCUGAGGUUCACGAUCAGUUAGACAAAUGGGGUACUAUUUUGAAUAACCAGGCCAUUGUUCUCAGUUCCCAAAACAAAGCUAUUGAGACGGUUGUUAAGACUCAAAAAGUUAUCAUAGACCGCCUCAACAACUUCACAUCCCUCAUAACCCAGCUUCAGCAGGACCAACACCAGUACUUAUUGGCUCACCAUUUGGCUUUAAUGGCAGCAAACCUCAGAGCUGUCUACCUUGCAAUCACAAAUUUUAAAUUAGCACUGCAGGACACAUUUACACUCCUCAGAGACGUGUUAGAUGGUGUUGUAACCCCUUCCCUUCUCACCCCUCAGGAACUUAUGCAUGUCAUUGAUUGGGCCAGAACAGAAAAAGGCUUAACUCCUGUUUUCAGUGAGACCCAGGUUCAAUAUUAUUACCCCUACAUGGAGGCAACAUUGACUACAGAUGGUAUCUUGGUGCAUAUCCCCUUUAGGUCGCCAGAUAUGUUCACUAUCUAUCACAUUCAUCCAUUCCCUACAGUUGUCAAUUCUUCCAUCUACCAACUAUCUACAUCUCAUGCCACUCUCUUGGUUUCAUCAGAUUUCAUGCACAUUGCUUUUCCAGCUGACUUUCAUGAUUGCCAUAUCACCCGCUUCCAGAUGUACCUUUGCCCUGCUUAUCAGUACGUCUUUUUGCCUACCAGUCAUUAUCCUUGUGAGCUGGGUCUAGUUAGAAACUCCCCAAUUGAAUCUCUGUGUCUUUUCACCCCAGUCGAGGAUACCACCAUCUUCCACCUUCGAGUGAAACCCUGGCGUUACUUCUAUUUCCAUCAUUCAAUUGCUCUUACAGUUACUUGCCCUGGAUCCCGACCUAGCAACACCGCUGUCCACGGCUCCUUUGUCGUCUUGGAGGCCUGCAGUCUCACAUCCCACAACCUAACCACUAAACAAUCUAACCAUCUAUUGCUUAACCAAACCUUUCAUACCUACAACCUCAAACCCUUUCACUUGCCGACACCAACAACUCCCCUACAACUCGAACCCUUACACUCUUUAGGAGACACCUUACCCAAACUCACUGCACCGAACAUCACCCUACAACCCAUUUCCUCUCUCACCAUCUGGCCAGAACUUCGCCCCGACACAGUAUACCCCAUCCUCGCGUCACUGACUACGGUACUGACGCUCACUGUGAUCCUGGCUACCCUCCUCAUCUGUGUCUUCCACCGCCGCUACGCCUUCCUGCGUCGAGCCGUCCUCCAGCGCCCCUUACAGCCCGCAACGGCAUAGGCCAUAUUCCCGUUGUCCAAUAAUAUUUUUUUUUUCAUUGAGCAUAAUUGUAUUCAUAUGCCAUUUAUCUAUACCCAGAGGACAGGAUAAUUUCUUACAAUAACUAACUAACAUGCAAGUCCUCUGUGAUAUGUAUCUGUUUACCAUUUGUAUAUACGCCUAUAUCUCCAUAUACAACCAAUUUUUUUUUGUUUCCAUAUUUUAACUUAACCAUGUAUGUAUUCCCAUACCAUUUAUUCCAUGAUCAUGAUCAUAUUUUCUACUAUAUAUUAUUUCUCAUGUUAUAUUUAGUUAAUAAAUCAUUCUCCCGGGAGUUUAGAUAUUAGAAAACAAAUAUUUUUUUUUGUGCACUUGUUUUUAUUUGUUUAUACACCAUUACUAUAGGUCAUGUAACCAUGUGCCAAUUGUUUAACUGCAUUUAACUGCUAUUUGUCCCUCAUGGGCUUCUCAUCCUGUAUCCCAUUCAUUCUUUUUUUUUCCCAUUCCCUUUUACUGUGUACUUCCUUUCUCGUCUUCAUACUUUCUAUACCUCAUUUUGCCCGGCCAUCCUUGUACAUAGAGUUUUACUUUCAUCGUGGCGUGGGCGCCACGCUAGCCUGACCGAGCAUUGUAAACAUGUAAAUAUUAAUCCUAAAUAUCUAUCCGUUUCCACUUCUUCUCCUUCUAUCUGUAUAAAUCCUUUUGUGACUAGGCAACCUCAUGAACGAAAGAUGACGCACAUAGCUUGUGCGGCUGCCGAGGGCAGUCAUCAUUUCGUCUAGAUAGAGUUCACAUCACCGCUCCGUGUAAGACACACAACCAGUAAAAAGACAAGUUAA